UCAAGUUCCUAGCUGAUCUGGGGUUACUUACCAAAUGUAGGGUUCCCAGCUUAGUUACAGCAAAUUGUUCUCUCUUAACUUUCACAAUCCCGUGCGAAUGAGCUUGCCGGUUGCAAACUAAGCUUGAUGCUUAGGUUCAAUUUCUGCGGUAACCUAAUUUGUCUGAGACCUUUUUUUCCCAUUCCUGUUCACCCUCGCGGACUCAAGUGGAGAGGGAGAAUCGUUUCGGAGGCUGUCUGCAGGAGUGUUGACCUCACUGAGUCUAGGGAUACUGAGCUCGUCAUAUCCGUUGGAUCCGUAGCGUCACCCAAAUCGCUAAAAAGUCUUUGCUUUCUUUCCAUCUGCACUUCAGCUCAUCUCAUUGCACUUAUUGCUAGCUGGUCUGGACAUGGCUCCCGGUAAUGGCAAGAAGGAACCCAGUUCUCGUAGCCGUAGGCUCAAGAGACGGGUAGAUAUAUUGGUCGAGAUCUUCUGCUCAAUUUGGAACUACUGGACCACGGGUCCAUCCAAAUAACGAUGUCUGCGC